AUGCUGCGUCACCGCUCGCCAGUCGCAGCCGUCAUGUCUGCGCGAGCGCAUGCCUCGCGCGCGAUUCUAGUGCUCGUCGCGAUCGCCGCGCAACUAAUCGAAUCUGAAGAUAUUUCUUGUACUAAAGAUGGACUGUUCGCUAAUUACAACAGUGGUUGCCGUGAAUAUGUGAAAUGUGUCGGGGGUGCAAUAAAAAGUAAAUACGUUUGUGGGCCGGGACGAGCAUUUAGUGAGGUGGCAGGCGCGUGUGUCCCUCGGCGGCGGCAACCCUGUGUCCGGCGCGUGUGUGCUGCCGGGGAUGAGCUGGCUUAUGCGUCCCCCGGGACCGCAUGUAGACAUUAUUAUCGUUGCGAAAAUGGCACUGCAGUGGAACAUGCCUGCCCUUCCGGGGCAUGGUUUGACCUCGACCGACAAGCGUGCACACGAGGCGCCGGCACUUGCUACGAACCAGUGUGUGCAGGUUUACCUGACGGAACGUACCCAGACUCGUCUCACGAAUGCCGCCGACGCCUAGAAUGUCACGGAUCAGAACUGCUAACGGUCGCAUCCUGUCCCGGUGGGAUCUGCACGAAAUCCUGUCCACCGCCCCGUUCUGCUGCUAUCCCACUUCCUGCAGGCGAUGCUGAUUUCUGUUCGGACGAAGUGUGCUCAUCGCUAUGUCACCAAGCCGAAGAUGGAGCAUACGCCGACCGGUCCACUGGCUGCCGUGAAUAUUUCGUGUGUGAAUCUAAACGUGUUAUUCGACGCGGAGUAUGCGAGCCCGGCCUUCUGUUUUCUGGAGGCGGAUGCGAGCCAGCUUCUCGGACGUAUUGUCCAUCGCCCGCUCGAAGCCCGUGCUUCAAUCGUCCCGAUGGGCUAUACCGAGAUUGGCGUGACUGUUCCUCUUGGUUCGAUUGCAGACGCGAACGAGUAGUGACCCGUGGCUCUUGCGAACCCGGUUUGGUAUUCGAUGGUGCAAGGUGUGUGAGUGGGGACAUUUUUACAUGUGAAGGACCCGUACCUGCUUUAGAGUGCGAAGGCUUGCCGAGUGGGACAUAUCAAGACUUGGAAUCUAAUUGCACCCAAUACUUUCAUUGCGAAGGGAACCUUCGAACGACACUCGCAUGUCCUUCAGGCCAAGUGUUCGACGGGGCUCGAUGCUCGCCCACUGAAAGUUAUUUGUGCCCAAGCCUAGAACAGGACUCUUGUUACGGGCGACCCGAUGGCCGCUACCGGGCAUUAGACACUGGGUGUAGAGGGUACUACGCGUGCAUGAAUGGCGCGAAGGCGGUAUACGCCUGCCCCAUGGGUCACGUGUUCGACGGUGAGGUGUGCGUCGCCGCCCAUUCCGGCAAAUGCCCUCUGGAUGACUACUCAUGUUUUGGGUUAAAAGAUGGCUAUCACGCAGAGCUCGAAUCUAACUGUCACAGGUAUUUCUACUGCGAAGGUGGUGACCGUCUUGCCACCCUCUCAUGCCUGGGUGGUAAAAUCUUCGACGGGCACGCGUGCGUCGAACCAUCAAAACACGAAUGCGGCGCCCCCCCAAAGAACACCAUCGAGAACGGAGGCAAACACUGCGAACGAGAUGGGUUCUUCGUACAACAGGGUACAGAAUGUAAAGGCUACUACUUCUGCGUAACAGGUAUAAGGACAUAUUUAACGUGUCCCAACGGUCAGGUGUUCAACGGUCAGGUGUGCGUGCCGCGCCGCCAAUACACUUGUCCCGGAUGA